AUGACCACCGCCCCCAUACCCCAAGCCACCUGGCAAGAGGGUCUGCGCGUGCAGACCGACCCGCGCGUCGGACGCACGUACCACACCACCCACGCCAUCCCCGCCAACAGCACCGUCAUCGAAGCCACCACGCCGUACGCGUGCACGAUCUGGAAGCAGUUCCGGGCGGAGGUGUGCGCCGAGUGCUGGAGGUACGACGGCGGUCGGCGCGGGUUUCUGACGCGUCGUGACGAUGAAGGCCUGCAUGGUCCUCGCGUAGAGACCAGUGCUCCGGAGGAAAAGGGUGAGAAACCAGGCACGAUCCUGGACCACCGAGAGAGGUCAGGCCCAAGCGCUGGUUUGUGGUUCUGCGGGGAGCACUGCCAGAGUUCCUGGAUGACGCGUGAAGGUAUGGACACGCUACAGCUCCUGAGAACCCUUGAAGAAGCGCGUCGCAAAAAGGUGAAGGAAAAGGUGAACGAGAGCGCGGAAGCAGCCUUGGCAGAGAAACCAGCACUGACGCGUACGGACAUCGAGCACGCGUGGGACGAGACGCGGCAGAAGGAGAGGAGCCCCAAAGAGGUCAGAAGGUGGCGGGAGAUCCAGCUGGACGAUUUCGAGACAGAUAUGGCGCGCUAUGUGCUUCUCGCGCUGGUCCACCUCUACCGCGAACAAGGAGCGCAGCAUCUCCUGCCGCCCGAUACUGGGCAAAUGCCAGCCUUCGAGAAGCCUCUUAGCUUCGGCGGAGCGACCUGGCGCGAAUUCGAGGCACUGCAGUCGAACGAGCUUCGUCAUCUACAAACCUACCCCGAGCUCCUGGAGGACCAGAUCAGGAUCUAUCAGGCAUUGCAAGGGCGAUUCGGGUUAGGCGGGAGAAGAAGAGGUGAUAGCGCUGCCGAACCGGCCGCUGCAGGGCUAGCGCUGAACGGCGAAGGAGGCAAGCACAAGCACGCACGCGUGCGAAACGGGAAGGUGGAGACUCGGGUGGGCAGGUGGGAAGCUGGCAGCCUGCGCGGCGUAGGAAGCGUCAUCACGGUCGAGAACGUGCGUAUGGCCCUGGGAGUCGACCCGGGGAAUUCGUUUGGUAUAUGGGAGGUCCCCAUAACCGAGGAGAGCGAGUGCCUUGGGUUUGGUGUGUAUCCCAGGCCGUCGUUGUUCAACCAUCACUGCAUGCCGAACGUCAAGAAAGAGCGUAAUGGUCGUGUACUGCGAUUCAUCACAACUCGGAACGUGGAUGCAGAUGAGGAGUUGUGUAUCAGCUACGGGCACGUAGAGCAGAUGGACUGGAGGGAGCGGAGGAAGGAGCUGCAGGAGGGGUGGUUCUUCCAAUGUAGGUGUAGUCGGUGUGUAACAGAUAUGGCAACGGAGAGAGAAGCUUGUGGUGUUGGGCAGCUUCGCCCUACUCUGACAUAG